GCCAUGGCCGUGGCCCACCGCAGGCUGUCCGUGGGGCUGGGGCUGGCCGGGCUGGCCUGCGCGCUCCUGGGGGGCUGCCUGCUGCUCCUGGGGCCGCUCAUCAUCCGGCAGCAGGUCAUCAAGAACGUCAGGAUCGACCCCAGCAGCAUCUCCUUCCAGAUGUGGAAAGAAAUCCCUGUCCCUUUCUACUUGUCUGUGCAUUUCUUCGAGGUGCUGAACCCCAAGCAGGUCCUGCGGGGACAGAAGCCAGUGCUGAGCCAGCGUGGGCCCUACGUGUACAGGGAGUACAGGGUUAAAACAAAUAUCACCUUCCAUGACAACGACACUGUUUCCUACCUGGAGUACCGGCACCUUUUCUUCCAGCCAGACCUGUCUAAUGGCACAGAGGAUGAGUACAUUGUUGUGCCAAACAUCAUGUUGAUGGGAGCAGCUGUGAUGGUGGAAAAACUGCCAGAUUUUGUGAAGCUUUUGCUGAGUGGAGCCCUGGCUAGCCUGAAGCAGCAGGCGUUCAUGAACCGCACCGUGGGCGAGAUCAUGUGGGGCUACGAAGACCCCCUGAUAGAUGCAAUAAAUAUGAUUAUUCCUGGCCUGCUCCCUUUCAAGGGGAAGUUUGGAUUAUUCAUGGACUUCAACAACUCCAACUCGGGGCUGUUCACAGUAAACACAGGCAUGAACAACAUCAGCCAGGUUCACAUGGUGGAUUCAUGGAAUGGGCUCAAGAAGGUGAACUACUGGAGGAGCAGCCAGUGCAACAUGAUCAACGGGACAGCAGGGGAGAUGUGGCCACCCUUCAUGUCCCCAACCUCCCUGCAGUUCUACAGCCCUGAUGCCUGCAGAUCCUUGACGCUGGUGUACGAGCAGGCUGGGCAGUUCCAGGGUGUGCCCACCUUUCGCUUCGUGGCACCCAAAACCCUCUUUGCCAACGGCACAGACUACCCACCCAACGAGGGCUUCUGCCCCUGCCUGCAGUCUGGCAUCCAGAACGUCAGCACCUGCAGGUUCAAUGCACCGAUGUUCAUUUCCCACCCUCACUUCUACAACGCCGACCCGUCCCUGGUGAAUGCAGUGGAAGGCCUGCACCCCACCAAGGAGCAGCACGGGCUUUUCCUGGAUGUGCACCCCAUGACAGGCAUCCCCAUGAACUGCUCCAUCAAGCUGCAGCUGAACCUGUACAUAAAGCACGUGUCUGGUAUCAUUCAAACAGGGCAGAUUAAGCCCGUGGUCCUGCCGCUGCUGUGGUUUGCAGAGAGUGGAUCCAUUGAAGGCUCAGUGCUGAAGCAGUUUUACACCAACCUGGUGCUGCUGCCCUUGGUGCUGGAGUACCUGCAGUACAUCCUCCUUGGCCUCAGUGUCCCUCUCAUUGUCUCAGCAGCUCUCCUGAUGGCAAGGAGGAAGAGAGGAGCUGCCCAGAAGAGCCCCCGAGCCCCCGUCAGGCCGAGCAGAGCCACCCCCUCCUCUGAGACCACCCCACUGCUGCAGGACAGCGACAGCCCCGGGCAGCACGGAGCCCAGGCAUGAACCAGCCUGGGACAGCUCCCACUGGGACACCUUC